AUGUCUCUCCGGUCAAGAUCCCUGAAUUUCAAGUACUUUAAUGUGUCGUUCCCGGAUGACAAGAUUGUGCAGGUCACAUUAAACAGGCCCGAGAAGUUGAACUGCAUUGACCUACCUACGAGCCGGGAAAUCCAAAAGAUCUGGGAGCUGUUCGACCAAGAUGGGAGCUUGUGGGUUGGCAUUAUCACUGGCACUGAGAGGGCUUUCUGCACCGGGGCCGAUCUACAAGAAUGGAACGCCAUGAACAAGGCCGGGGUGGUUAACGACAUGGCUGCACCAGGUCUCGCUGGGCUGCCCCGCCGGAGUGGCAAGAAGCCGAUCAUCGCAGCAGUGAACGGGAUAUGCAUGGGUGGGGGCCUCGAGAUGGUAGCUAACUGCGACCUCGUCAUUGCAUCCUCUUCGGCGAUCUUCUCCCUGCCCGAGGCAAAGCGAGGAAUCGUCCCUGUGGCCGGCUGUCUGCCACGGCUAACACGCACCCUUGGCCUUCAGCGAACCAUGGAUCUCGUCCUGACGGGGAGGAGCGUGAGUGCCGCGACGAUGUAUGAAUGGGGCCUUGUUACGCGUCUGGUGGAUGCUGGGUCCGAUGUUGCCCGGGCAGCUGUUCAGGUGGCGCAGGAGAUGUGCAAGAAUAGCCCGGAUGCGUUGAUAGUUGGGCGACUUGGAGUGCGGAUGAGCUGGGAGGCAGGGAGCGUGGAGGAGACGGUGACGACGCUGGCGAAUGAAUGGUACCCCCACCUAGUCAAAGGCGCCAACUUUGCAGAGGGCAUCCAGGCAUUUGUGGAGAAGCGACAACCUAAGUGGACAGACUCGAAGCUGUGA